AUGAGCCAAAGUAACGAACGGCUGAUUCACUGCGACUCGGCAAACGAACGACUGACCGCCUCCUUCGCCGCCUUGUGCAAGCUCAGCUCACAGAUCGCACCAAACCCCUCGUUAGCCAUCCUUAUUGAUCCGAUUGUUGAUUGGCGUGUGCGUGGUGAGCCGUCCUCGUGAGCAUUCUGGAGCCGGCUGUUGAGGAGGAUCCCUCCAAGCGGCGCCGCGUCGAUCGCGAGAAAAGGCGGAGCAUCUGGUGCGCUGCCAAGAGAGCACGACACGGCACGGCACGGCAGCACGGACGAAGGAAGGAAUCCUCUAUGGUAUGGUAUGUGUGUGGUGGGCUGUGGUGUUCAGGAUGCGGACACUGCGAGGGCAGCAGGGGGCGGCCAAGGCCUCGGGCGGCCAGCUGGCGCGAGGUGGGAAACACAUGGAUGCACGUCACGGUGUCUGUCUUGUCUUGGUGCGUGCGUGUGUGUUUGCUGACUGACGGAUCUAUCCAUUCAUCCCAUCAGUUGGUCGUCGUGAAGGCCGUGACCCCCGCGGCGGCGCCGGCGCACCCGCAUCGUCCUCCCGCUACCACCCCGACGAUUUCGGCACGGCAAACAUGCAGGACAGCGACAUACCAGGACUAGGUAGGUGGGGGGGUGGGGGGCGGUCGACGCAGCAGACACAGGCCAGGCUGUGUGUCCCCACGUGUGAGUGUAAGUUUGUUGUGUGUGGUGUGGUGCGUGUGCAGGUGACUUGGGCAACCCGAUGGAGGGGCCGGAGUUUUCGGGUGGCGACUUCGAGUCCAUCCAGGACGAGACCAAGACGGUCCACCAGGACUACUACAAAGGUACACACACACAGACAGACAGACAGGCAUAGAGGGCGAGAGAUGCGAGCAAAGCCCCCCCGCAUCUGGGUGCCUUUCUUUAUACGUAAUGGUCCGUGCUGUUCCACACUCUUUCUUCGUGUGUGUGUGUGUGUGGUCAGACUUCGGCGACGAUUUCGACGACGCGGACGUUUAGGAGAGGAAGACGCG